GUCAUAUCCCAGACCACCAGAUAACUUCUCAUAAAUAAGCAAGCCUUCUUCUUUUGUAAUACAUAAGAAGCAGAGCAAGCAAUUCUAAAGAAGGCAUAGCAUUUGCUCUCUCUCUCUCUCUCUCUCAGCCUGUUUGUCCAAAUACCAGGUUAUAGUAGAGUAUAGAUAUAGAUACAGUAAAAAUGGUUUAUUGGAGACUGCUUUUCUUCCUUUCACAUACCCUCAUCACCAUCACCAUCACCAUUGCACAGCCUGAAUUCAUAUUCAGUUACUGUGUGCCUAAUAGAACUAACAGCACUACUACUUAUGAGGCAAACCUCAAGACCCUCUUCUCUUCUCUCUCCUCAGCCAUUGACAGUUAUGGAUUUUACAAUGCUUCUCUUGGCCAAAACUCUGAUAGAGUUAAUGCAAUAGUGCUUUGUAGAGGAGAUGUUGAACUCGGUAUCUGUCGUAGCUGUGUCAGUGAUUCUACUCAUAAGCUCAUACAAGUUUGUCCAAAGUACAUGGAGGCAAUUGCAUGGUAUGAUUAUUGCAUGUUAAGGUACUCAAACCAAACUAUAGCCGGAGGGACACUGCAAGAUGAUCCGGCAGCUGUGUGGAACCCUGAAAAUGUCUCCAACGUGGCUGGGUUUAAUCAAGCACUGAAGCCAUUGCUUGAAAAGCUACGAAGCCAAGCGGCACAAGGAGGCUCUCUGCGUAAAUUUGCUACGGGGAUGACGAGUGCAGAUACGUUUCUGACGAUAUACGGGCUUUUGCAGUGCACGCCUGAUUUAUCUCAGCAGCAAUGUAUUGAUUGUCUAGAUAGGGCCACUAGUUUCAUUUCUGACUGCUGUAAUGCAAGAAAAGGAGCUAGAGUUCUAGCUCCGAGCUGUAAUCUUCGGUAUGAGCUGAACCAUUUCUAUAACGACACUCUGGUUCCACCUCCAUCUCCACGUCCAGGCAAUAGCACAACUAUUGUUAUCAUUAUUGCCACCUCUGUCACUGGCACUGUCACUAUUCUUAUAGUUCUCUUUACCAUCUUUCUCAGAAAGCGAAAGCAUAAGAAGCCAACAGAGAAAAUUGAGAUUACGGAUGAAAUCAGUGGCGCAGAAUCCUUACGAUACGAUUUUAGUACUGUAAAGGAUGCUACAGACAACUUCUCUGAUAGUAACAAGCUUGGACAAGGUGGAUUUGGGCCUGUUUACAAGGGUAAGCUUCCAAAUGGACAAGAAAUAGCUGUGAAGAGGCUAUCCAAAAAUUCUGGACAAGGUGAAGUGGAAUUUAAGAAUGAAGUCUUGUUGGUGGCCAAACUUCAACAUAGGAAUUUGGUAAGGACUCUAGGUUUCUGCAUGGAAGGAACAGAAAGACUUCUCAUGUAUGAGUUUAUGCCUAAUGGAAGUCUUGAUCAUUUCCUAUUUGAUCCAAACAAACAAGCAUAUUUGGAUUGGGAUAUGCGCUACAAAAUCAUAGGAGGCAUCGCUAGGGGACUUCUUUAUCUUCAUGAAGAUUCUCGACUUCGGAUCAUUCAUCGUGAUAUGAAAGCUAGCAAUGUUCUAUUAGAUGAAAAUAUGAACCCUAAAAUUUCAGAUUUUGGAAUGGCAAGACUUUUUGUGCUCGAUGAAACUCAUGGGAAUACAAAUAAAGUUGUCGGAACCUACGGUUAUAUGCCACCAGAGUACGUAACGUAUGGACAAUUCUCAAUUAAAUCAGAUGUUUUUAGCUUUGGAGUAUUAGUUCUAGAAAUCAUAAGUGGACAGAAGAACAGUCAUUUUCAAAAAGCGGAGAAUGAGGAGAACCUUCUAACCUAUACUUGGAAAAAUUGGAAGGAUGGAAGGGCCUCAAAUGUGAUAGACGCCACCAUAUUGAAGGCUAGUUCAAAUUGUGUACAAGACAUAAUGAGAUGCAUUCACAUUGGAUUACUAUGUGUUCAAGAAAAUGUAGCAAAUAGACCAACCAUGGCUUCAGUUGUACUGAUGCUUAGUAGCUUCUCUCUCACUCUCUCACUGCCGUCACAGCCAGCAUUUUUCAUGCAGAGCACCAUUAAUCCUCAGUCUGGUAGUUCCAAUGUGAAUGAGGCUUCCAUUACCGAGUUAUAUCCCAGAUGAUUGUUUUUCAAAGUUGCGUAUUGUUUUGGUGUAAACAUAAUGGCACUAUUUUGGCUCAUGUUGUUUGUU